AUGGACGAGUAUCAGCAGCUGUGGGAUGACUGGGAACUUUUGGAUCAAUUGGAUGAGGAGCUGGAUGAUCAGGCAGAUGCCCAGGGAGCUAUCGGACGUAAACGUCGCAGGAUUGUUAAAGAUCGGAUGAACCCCUUCACAGCAAUGAGUGACGACGAGUUUGUCGAGCGCUUCAGAUGCAACAAAACUUCAAUGUAUGAUCUCAUUGAAGAAAUUAAAGACCAGCUUUCAGCCCCAACUGACUCAAGAGGCUGUCCUGUUCCGCCACACCUGCAAACCCUGAUUGCAGUUCGUUGCAUGGCAACGGGAGACCACCAGAUGACAUUAGGGGACUGCCAUGAUGUGUCACAAAUGACUGUCAGCAGAUGUUUGAAGGUUGUGUCAAGAGCAAUCGCUAGUUUGAGCCAGCGUUAUAUAAAACCUCCUCGCGGCAAUGACAUGCGACGAACAAUUGAGCAAUUCCAUGACAUCAGUGGAAUGCCUGGUGUGGUAGGGGCAAUUGAUUGCACACAUAUCUCUAUACUGAGACCAUCUGUGGAAAACCCUGAGAUGUUUAGGUGUAGAAAAGGAUAUUUUUCAUUAAAUGUCCAAGCUGUGUGUGGGCCAGACCUGCAGUUUCAUAAUGUUGUUGCCCGUUGGCCUGGGAGCGUCCAUGACAGUCGAGUUUUUGAAAACAGCAGGCUCUGUGCUGAAAUAGAAGUUAAUUUAAAUCCCAGGUAUCAUCUACUUGGAGAUGCAGGAUAUCCCUUGAAAAGGUAUCUAAUGACACCUGUGUCAUUUCCAGAUAAUGCUCAUGAGAGAGCUUAUAACUACAGUCAUUCCCAAACCAGAAACACUGUUGAACGGGCAUUUGGGAUAUUAAAAAGGAGGUUUGGGUACUUAGGGAAGAGAGUCAGGACAAGUUUAGACACCACCAAAACUGUUGUAGUUGCUUGUGUGGUACUACACAAUAUUGCGGUGAAAACUGGGCUGGUUUUACCACAAGAUGGAAGGGACGUGAACCUAAAUGUCAAUAACAUCCCUAAUGAGGUUCCUGCACAAAGACGAGGAAAUGUAGAAGGCAGACUGAAACGGCAGCAAAUCAUCAGGGACUUCUUCUAAGCAUCAUAUAGACACCACCAUUGUUCUGGAUCUGGAU